AUGUUGACCAAGUCGUUGUUACUGAUCGUACUUACUUUCUUCGGUAUUGUUGCCUGUUUACCUGUCAACGAUGACUCGACUGACGUGGCAGGUCCAGAUAGGAAAAGAUGUCUUGGACAAUGUUAUCCAGGUAAAAGGGACGAGCCCGAGCCUGCUAUUGCUCAGACUUCCGUGGCGUCUGAGACUGGACCAGAUGGUAAAAGAUGUCUGGGACAAUGUUAUCCCGGUAAGAGGGAAGAAACCUCUUCCGAGGCAACUGGCGAGAUCGGACCAGAUGGUAAAAGAUGUUUGGGACAAUGUCAGCCCACUAAGAGGGAGGAGAAAAGAUGUAUAGGUCAACAAUGUUCUCCUAUGAAGCGAGAGGAAGAAGAAAAAAGAUGUGUAGGACAAUGUGCUCCACCAAAGCGGGACGAUAAACUUGCUCUCGAGAAGAAGUGUAUUGGUUAA